AUGUCUGAUUCAAAGCCCGAUAACGUCGAGAAGACCAGCAAUGGAGAGGAACAAGCUGCUGCAGGCGAGAAGCAUCAGAUCGAGCACGAGUCGUCUGAUGCGAAGCGCACAAAGACAGAUGGACAAAUGACUCUUGAUGAAAUGGGAAUUAAGUCUAAUGAGAAGACUGACAAGACUAAUGGGUCUGCCGAGAAGAACAGUGAUGACGAGAAGGACGGCAAGACCAAUGGAUCUGCCGAGAAGACCCGUGAUGACGAGAAGAACGACAAAGAAAAGAAUGGUGACGCCGAGAAAGACGAGGACACCGCCGAGUCCAGCAAGAAGCAGGAUUCCAAUGGUGAAGACGCUGUGCAGCCUCACGAGGAACCCGAUGUUCCCUCCAGCGUGUUGGAGAAAGGCAUCAUCUACUUCUUCAUCCGUGGUCGCGUGAACCUUGAAGACCCCGAGAGCGUCGACGAUAUUGCCCGCUCCUUCAUCAUGCUCCGUCCCAUUGCAAAGGACGCUCGUCUCGGCGACGGCACCAUCGCCGAUGCAGGAAACACCCGACUUCUCGCCCUCCCCAAAAAGACCCUCCCAGAAAGCGGCAAAGAACGCUACAUGGUAUUUGUCGAAAAGUCCGGUGCUUCUUAUGACGAGAUCAAGAAGGAGUUCUUGUCUGCAGACGAGUAUGAUACCAAGACAGCUGGUACUCGCCGGACACCACCUGCUAAGCCUGUUGGUGAGGGUGUGUAUGCUAUCACAUCUACUGGUCGGGAGAGCCAUUUGGCAUACCUGACUACUCUGCCUGAGAAGCUUGGCGAGGUUCAGAAGGAGCUUGGCUUGAAGGAGAAGGGCAGUUUUAUCCUCAGCACCAAGAACCCGCAGUUCCCAGGACCGCAGAAUGCACAAUUACCUGAGACGCCCGACUUUCCCAAGGAAAUCAUCGACGAGUUCCGAUCUCUGCGCUGGCUACCCUCCAAACCAGCCCACUUUGACUACGUCAACACACAAAUCCUCCUCAUUGGUGAUUCAUCAGGAAUUGAAAAUGCCGUUGAGCCGCAGAAGAAGGACCAAAAGAGUGGAAAGGAAGACCCCGAGACGGUCCUUGAGCAUCUUGAGGACGACGAUGUGAAGCGCAUGAAGCACCUCGCUGAAGAUCAGUCGGCUGCUAUCUAUGCUGACCUGCACGCCCAGGCGAAGGAUUAUCCUAAGCUGCAGACAACAUUUUAA